CUUUAUUCAUCAAGUUUUCUCUAACUGUUAAGUCACUCUGAUCUCUGAGUUCCGGCUCUUACAGUUGGACACACCUUGCCAGUGCCUCAGAAAGAUUCCAUGAUUGUCUUCAUGGAAAAUAUUGGGAAUGACACUGAUUGGUGGGAGUAUAUGGACGAGUUUGCAAAUUUCACUGGCACACCACCCACAGAAGAAUAUAGUCCCUGUAGGAUAGAGAUUGAAACACUCAACAAAUAUGCCGUACUGGUCAUCUAUGCCCUGGUCUUCAUGCUGAGCCUGCUGGGAAACUCCCUGGUGAUACUAGUUGUCUUAUACAGUCAGGUCAGCCGAUCUGUCACUGAUGUCUAUCUGCUGAACCUGGCCAUAGCUGACUUGCUCUUCGCCCUGACCUUACCCAUCUGGGCUGCCUCCAAGGCAAAGGGCUGGAUCUUUGGCACACUCCUGUGCAAGGUGGUCUCUUUUCUGAAGGAAGUCAAUUUCUACAGUGGUAUUUUACUACUGGCCUGCAUCAGCGUGGACCGCUACCUGGCCAUUGUCCAUGCCACACGCACGCUGACUCGGAAGCGGCACUGGGUCAAGUUCAUAUGCUUAGGCAUCUGGGCCCUGUCCCUGCUCUUGGCCCUGCCCAUCUUCAUAUUCCGUGAGGCCAUCAAGCCCCCCUAUUCCAGCCCAGUCUGCUAUGAGGACAUGGGUGCCAAUACUACAAAAUGGCGGAUGGUGAUGCGGGUCCUGCCCCAGACCUUUGGCUUCCUCCUGCCUUUGAUGGUCAUGCUAUUUUGCUAUGGACUCACCCUGCGCACGCUCUUUGAGGCCCACAUGGGGCAGAAACACCGGGCCAUGAGGGUCAUCUUUGCUGUCGUGCUCAUCUUCCUGCUCUGCUGGCUGCCCUACAACCUGGUCCUGAUCGCAGACACCCUCAUGAGGCUCCGGGCGAUCAAAGAGACCUGUGAGCGCCGCAAUGACAUUGGCCGGGCCCUGGAUGCCACCGAGAUUCUGGGCUUCUUCCACAGCUGCCUCAAUCCCAUCAUCUACGCCUUCAUUGGCCAGAAGUUUCGCCAUGGACUCAUCAAGAUCAUGGCCAUCCAUGGCCUCAUCAGCAAAGAGCACUUGUCCAAGGACAGCAGGCCUUCCUUUGUUGGCUCUUCUUCAGGGAACACUUCUACUACCUUCUAGGCCCCCGCCCCUGUUGCAGCCCCUCGGGGCUCCUCCCUUGCCAUCAGCACCCCAUUCUAAGCCUCACGCCCACUGGCUGUCCACAGUCUCUAUGUCAAGGCAGCCCCCGUUGUGGUUACAGGAAGUUACUGGGGUCACGUCCUUAUCAGGCCCUCCUUGUAUGGUUGAGAAAGCCUGCCCUGCUGCCCCUCCCCUUACUGUAGUUGCUAUGUCAGCUGCUAGAGCUCAGUCCAUCCUACCACUGAGCCCAUAGCACCCUGUCCCCUGAGACACUUAAAGACAUUUAACAGACAUUCUUUUAAGUGACUACAGAAAGUUCCCACCAUUGGGAGCCAUUAGUGGCAAACAGCACUGGUUGCUGCCCCAACUCUCUCUUUCUUGCCUGUCAGCAAAGUCCACUUCCCUUGAGAGAGGCCAAAAAGGACAGGUACUCCUUUCUAAGACUCCUUUUUGCUAGGAGUGGCCUUAUCAUUCACUUCUGACUAAUAAGAUUUAAGGGCAUUAGUGUGCUGGUCAACCACUGUCCUGGGGAAAAAAAAGUCCUGAUUUGUAGCAUUUGCCAAGUUGCCUGGUGUAAAUGCUCCACCGUGGCGAUGUCACGGGUGGUGGUGUUUAGCAACCAGCUCACAAAAAUCUAGGAAAUGUAAUGAUCUGCUUUCACAAGCAGGUACAAACUGGCUUCAGUGCACCAUUGCUUAAGAGGAAGUCUGCUGGGACCGGAGGACUCCUGGGAAGUACUCCUGAUUGAACAAAGAAAGAGAGGAGCACCUGGGCCACCUCAGUUAAGCAUUUGACUUUUGAUUCGGCCUCAAGUAAUGAUCCCAGGGUAUGCCGGGCUCAUGUCAUGGAUUAUUCGGUUAAGAAAUGAUCCCAAGGUCAUGGGAUCAAGCCUCAUGUUGGGCUCUGCACUGAGUGUGGAGCUUGCUUAAGAUUCUCUCUUUCUCUGUCUCUGCCCUUCUCCCCCACUCACACACACUCUCCUUCUAAAAUAAAAUGAAAACAAUUUAAAAAAAGAAUAAAGAGACACACACACACAUCCUUGGUUCUUGCCUUUAAAUAUGGUUGUAGGAUAUGAUGUGACAAAAAGUCAAAAAGUGUGCCCAACAUACUUAAGCAGAUGAAGGCAAUGGAUAAAGAGGACCUAGAAUAAAGAGUCCAGAAAGAAACCUAAGUCAGCAUAAAUGGUCAAAUGGUUUUCGAUAAGGGCACCAAGACUCUUCAAUGGGGAAAGGAUAGUCUUUCAACAAAUGGUGCUGGGAAAACUAGAUACCUACAUGCACAAGAAUGAACUUGAUCUCUUUCCUUAUACCUCAUACAGAAGUUAAUUCAAAAUGAAUCAAAGACCUAAUAACAAAAGCUGAAACUAUAAAACUCUUGGAAGAAAACAUAAAGGAAAAGCUUCAUUUGGUUUGAGGUUGGGGAUGGAGAGAUGUUCAGAGAUGGGGUUUAGAUCAAGGUUGAGAUUGGAAUCAGGGAUGAGGUUGGAGUUGGAGGUGAUGUGGUGGGGAGCCAGGGAUGGGGUGGCAGCUUGGAACAAGGCAGAAGAUCAGAGAAGGAUGAAAAUUAAGGAUGGGGGAAAUCCAGAACAGGGAGAAAUUGGGGGUGAGAUUGAGGGAGGUUCAGAUGGGCUUGGGAGCAGGUACAGAAUGAGGUGUAGGAAUGGUAUGAGUGUGGGGGGGUGUGGUGAGUCUCAGGGAGAGAAGUCAGAACUGGAGUGAAUGCUCAGGGGCUACUGGUGUAGUCCAAUUAGUGGUUGGAGCAAAAAGACAUCCUUGGGAGAGUGACCAUUUUCUGGGGAUCAUUGUCUACAAUGCUUUUCUGGGGGCCAGGAUGGAGGUGACUUGGCCUAUCCAGCUGGGGUUCUCCAAGGCAGUUGAUGAGAAAGGAGUUAGGGCUCAAGCCCUAGGGGAUAGAUUUGGUGCAGAGAGAAGCCAGACGAAUGCAGAAACCCAGGGAGGAAGGCUGGAUACUGGGCAUGGGAACCUCCCCUUCCUCUCCCUCCCUCCCUCGCUCCCUCCCUCCCUCCCCUAAUGCCCUUCUGCCUUCUCCUCCUGCCUGAUUAAAUGCUUAUCUUCCUUCAUUCUCUGCUAUUCCAAAGACAGCUCCAUCAGGGCUUUAGUAAGUAAAUAUGGAUCCAUAUUGGGCCUGAGAAAAUACAAAUGACUAAUACAUAUCUGAAAACAUGCCUGGCCUCGCUAGUAACCUGGGAAAUGGGAAUCAAACAGCAAUAAAA